AUGUUGGCAACCCGGCUCCCUCUUAGUACCAUCUAUCUUGCUCUGGAAGCCUACUUACCACACAACGACGCGAUUGAUUGUUCAUGGUGCUCGGCCAGUGCCCCGGGGACGAGGGCGUGGCUUGAUGGCGCCUGGUACAAGGCAAUAGCAAGACCGUCGACUCUCGCUGCUUCUAUACACGUGAAGACUCUAUUGCGCCUGUACGGCUCUAUGUACUCUGGUGGAUGCUUUUCCUUCGCGCAUACGUAUCCAUAUUCUCUACUCAUCAUGGUCACCUCGCGCUUUCGAGCCGCCGAAAGUCUAUCUGUGCUAUGCACGGGCUUCUCCGAAGCUUUUCUCAUUGGCAAAACGAUAUCUGGUCGUCAUCGGCCUUACUUCGAGGCGAGCGAUGGUACAUAUAAAGCACUUGCACAAGCCUGA